UGUUACUGCCCGAAUACCUAGUGGCCGUCCGUCUACUCGGGCACACCCGGCAAACAGUCGCUUCGUGCCUGGCAAAAGAUGGCCGCAAAUUACUGGGAAUCAAGCCAGCGGAAGCACUGGCAGUUUACCAAGGAUCAGCUCACUUCGAUGCGGCAGAAUCUCGAAGCUGAAGAUGCCAGCCUCGUUCAAAUGUUCCCGCUGCCCCAAUUGCGGCAUCUUUACAUAUAUUUCAACCAGCAGAUCAACCGGUUAGGCAAACGCCUGGGAGUCCGGCAACAAGCCAUGGCGACGGCGCAGAUAUAUAUGAAGCGGUUCUACACCAAGGUCGAGAUCCGAAGGACGAACCCGUACCUAGUCAUAUCAACAGCCGUAUACCUGGCCUGCAAGAUGGAAGAGUGCCCGCAGCACAUCAGGCUUGUCGUCAGCGAGGCCCGCUCCCUCUGGCCGGCCGACUUCAUCGGGCUCGACACCUCCAAGCUCGGCGAGUGCGAGUUCUUCCUCAUCUCGGAGAUGAACUCGCAGCUUAUCGUGCACCAGCCCUACCGCACCCUCACCACGCUGCAGUCCGAAUUUUCUCUCACCCAGGACGAGUUCGCCCUCGCCUGGUCCGCCAUCAACGACCACUACAUGACCGACCUGCCGCUCCUCUACCCCCCGCACAUCGGCGCCGCCGGCGGUGACAAGAAGGCGGGCGACGCCAGGAUCGGCAAGGUCGCGCGGUUCGCGGGCUGGCUGGCCGAGAGCAGCAUCGAUAUCGAGGUCAUGGUGGACUCGACGCAGGAGCUGAUUUCAUUUUACGAAUGCCAUGAGCAGUAUAAUGACAAGCUCACCCGGGAGCAGAUCAACCGAUAUGUUAAAGCACGGGGACUCGAUAAGUGAGAGGAAUGACUGGCCACAGCCACAGCCCCAAAAGACUAUCAUAUCGAUGCAGGCGGGAGAUGGGAGAGGGCAGAGGGCAGAUAAGAAGCAGGAAAGACAAUGUUGCAUUGCUAGACUAGGGGGACGCGAACCGGACAAUGAAUCCCCCGUGCUGUCCGGUUGUUCCGCUUGUC